UAGAAACUUACUUUCCUCUAGUGAAAAAUUGGUAUUGUACAAUUUGUCUCAUACAACGUUUUUGCCCUAGGAAUUAUAUGUACUUUGUUUUACAGAUUGCAGCUAUUAAAAAAUAAUGCUCAUAUCUUGGUGUUUUGUAUAAAGUUUACAGUAAAGUUUAUUGAAAAUAAUUUGAAAGGAAAAAAUUGAUAUUUAUCAUUUGUGAAACUAUGUUGAAACCAAAAGCUUUAACCCAAGUACUUAGUCAAGCCAAUACCGGCGGUGUAGAAAAUACAUUAUUAUUAAAUAGAGAUGGUGGUUUGUUAGCUUACAGUGGUUACGGAGAUAAGGAUGCAAGAGUAACUGCUGCUAUUACAAGUAACAUUUGGUCAGCUUAUGAAAAAAAUGGACGAAAUGCAUUUAAAGAAGAUGAAUUGCAAUUUGUAUUGAUGGAUUGUGUGGAGGGCAAAGUUGUUAUUACUGAAGUAGCUAAUUUGUUGUUAUGUUUGUAUGCAAAAGAAAACGUGGGAUUUGGAUUAUUGAGAGAAAAAGCACAAGCUUUAGCAAGAUAUCUUGAUCAACCAUUAAAAACAAUAGCAAAUAUGCCUUAAUCAAUAUAUAUCCAUAAAUGUAUCUCCUAUAAUAUUUAGUUUUAUAUUCUAAUAUUUAUAAUUUAUUGUAAAAAUUGAUACUUGGUACUAUUUUGUAAAUAAUAUAUUUUCAAUUAAUAAAAAAUUGAUGUAGA